UUCCCUCUCUCUUCGUCUUCUUCCACAGCCUCCGCCCUCUCUCUCGAGACUACAGACCUACUCCGGGCGGGAACAAAGCUCGUGGCGUGGGGGCGGGAGCUGGGAGUCGUCGGAACCGUGGAGCGUUGGAGGGGCAGGAUUGUGGGACUUUGUCCCCUUCGACUUGAGGGGUCUGUGGGGCCGCGCAAAUGGCAGCUGCCCUUCAGCUGACUUGCCCAGUUAUGGGGCAGCGUGGGCAGGGGACCGAGGGGUGGGACAGUCGCUCUGGGCUGCCAGCAGUGGAGGGCAUUCCCUGGCGCCCAGGUGUCAGAAACACGGUGACCUAACUGGGCUGCUUAGGUGGCCCAGAGAACUUGACGUGACAUUUCCUCUUUUAGGCAGAGUGUCUUACUUUGCCUUUUGUGGGAUCGAAUGAGUAUUGAGCCCAAAGAUUUGCCCACGUUGACUCACGAAAGACUCUUACGGCCCUGUUAAUGUUAAUGGCACUUUGGGAACGGUGUUUCAUUAGGGACACCUGAGCAAUUGACGCCACAGAUGGAAGAGAGUUCCGAAAUAGGAGACCGAACCACCGCCGGCUUUAAUUUGUCUGCCAUUGAAAACAGCGUUGGCGUUUUCUCUUCCUUAGUUUCCUAGAUUAUCCACCUGGGGCAGUGGCAGAGCUUGAGAACCAGCUCCUCCUGUGCCUCUUCAGCCAAGGCAAAGCCCAGGGCUAAAUUAGUGUCAGCCACCUGGUGGGAGAUGUUGGGAUCCCAGUUAACAGGUGGAACAGCCACUCUUUAAACUCUGAGUCACAUUUCGGCUUAACUGGCAUUUGCUCACGAGCUAAGUAAGAUAAUAAGAAUUCAGGCAAUGCCUCCAAAAGUACCUACAAUUUCUAGUGUAGGAAGGCGGUGUAGCUCAGUGUUUGAACCUGAUGUCUGUGACUAUGCCCUGCCCUAAGUUAAGGGACAUUUUGGCAUUUCCUAUGUUGAGAACCAUGAUUUCAAUUUAGUGCCUUUUCUUGGUGUAUGACUGAUUCUUAAAAAUCUAAGUGUAUUUUAUACUGGUGUAUGAACAGAGCCCAGGUCUUACCAAAGGGGUGCCUGUGACCUUCUUAUCCUUGUAGUUGAGUAAGAAGCUCAGAUAUGUUGAGAGGCAGUGUCUCACAGGACAGGUAGAGUUAGGCCCAAGUUUGUCUGUCACUUGCUAGUUUAGGGAUUGAAUAAGUUACUUUUCUGAGCUUGAAUUUCCUCAGAGGUAAAGUGGAGCUGAUAGUAUCUACCUAACAGGUUAUUGCAAGGCUUAAAUGAGAUAGUGUGAAAAGGUGUCUGGUAAAUAGAGGGCAGUCAAUAAAUACUAAUAUCAAUCACUUAAUAUUGUACUUUUAGUCUGCAAGGUGAUGUUUCAGUUUCCUUACAUGUCCCGAUGAGGUAGGUACCAUUAGUAUCUUUUUUUUUAAAACCCUAUGGGAUAGAUACUGUUGGUAGCCACAAUUGACAGAUGAGGAUAUUGAAUAUAAAAAGGCAAAGCUUGCCCAAGUUUACACAGUUACUACAUGGUGGAACCAGUUUUUGAAACCAAGGAAGUCUGGUUCCAGAGUUCAUCCUAUGAACUACAGUCCUAUACUGCUUCUUAAAGAAAAUGUCCUCUCUGUCGGUUGAAAUGUCUAUGAUUUUAUCUGCCUCAGUCAUUCGUGUCAGAGAUGGACUGCCACUUUCUGCUUCUACUGACUAUGAACAAGGCACAGGCAUGCAGGAGUGCAGAAAGUAUUUUAAAAUGCUCUCCAGGAAACUUGCUCAGCUUCCUGAUAGAUGUACACUGAAAACUGGACAUUAUAACAUUAAUUUUAUUAGCUCUCUGGGAGUGAGCUACAUGAUGUUGUGCACUGAAAAUUACCCAAAUGUUCUGGCCUUCUCUUUCCUGGAUGAGCUUCAGAAGGAGUUCAUUACUACUUAUAACGUGAUGAAGACAAAUACUGCUGUCAGACCAUACUGUUUCAUUGAAUUUGAUAACUUCAUUCAGAGGACCAAGCAGCGAUAUAAUAAUCCCAGGUCUCUUUCAACAAAGAUAAAUCUAUGUGAUAUGCAGAUGGAAAUCAAGCUGAGGCCCCCUUAUCAAAUUUCCAUGGGUGAACUGGGGUCAGCCAAUGGAGUCACAUCAGCAUUUUCUGUUGACUAUAAAGGUGCUGGUAAGAUUUCUUCCGCUCACCAGAGGCUGGAACCAGCAACUCUGGCAGGGAUUGUGGCAUUUAUCCUUAGUCUUUUAUGUGCAGCUCUGAAUCUAAUUCGAGGCUUUCAUGCCAUAGAAAGUCUCCUGCAGAGUGAUGGUGAGGAUUUUAAUUACAUCGUUGCGUUUUUCCUUGGAACAGCAGCCUGCCUUUACCAGUGUUAUUUACUUGUCUACUACACCAGCUGGAGGAAUGUCAAAUCUUUUUUGACUUUUGGCUUAAUCUGUCUAUGCAACAUGUAUCUCUAUGAACUGCGCAACCUCUGGCAGCUUUUCUUUCACGUGACUGUGGGAGCGUUUGUUACGCUACAGAUCUGGCUAAGGCAAGCCCAGGGCAAGGCUCCUGAUUAUGAUGUUUGACGCCAUCCUUCAGACAUACUGCCUUGGCUUCAGGGGAAAAGGAGGGAGACUAUCAUAACUACCACUGUGAUGAAGAAACUGUUCACCACAAACCAGAAGCUCUGCUUUCUUUCUCUCCAACUGUUUUUGGUUUGAGUCAGCGUGGCAUGCCUGUGAGCAUGCAAUACCUGCUAGGCAAACUCCUCUCAGCAAUGAUGGCCGUGAAAUUAUCAUGAGGAAGAGGAAGAGGAGACCUCUCCUCAGGGCCACGGCAGUGGAAGAACAGUCAGACGCCAUUGAAAGACUUGGCCAACAGCUGUGAAUCCUGGCUGAAGCGUUCAACUAAAAACUUUGUGUGGUACUUGCUGUGAGAACCAAGCAGGAGCUCUACAACCCGGGUUUGCCUUUGUGAGGCAUUAGUGUAGACCAAAUAAAAAGAUGCUGCAGUGAAUUGGGAAGUUUAUGUGUAAAACAGAUGACUUGGUAAAUAUCAGAUUAUUUGCAGAUUUAUGGUACCAUGAGUUUAUGAAGUCCUGAAUGGUGUGGAAUUGGUUCUUUUCCCUUUUAUGUUUUUGCUUGAGUCUUAACUCUAGAAAUUACCCAGUGUAGGAGAAGGCUGUGGUGAGCUCAUCCCUGGAGCAUCACAAGUGUUGAAAAUACAGUGAAAAUACGUAUUUCUUUACUAGACCAUGUUUAUACUUUCUUUUGAAAUCAUUUUUUUAAAAUACGAUUUGUUGGACUAUAGCUGUUUUUUCCCAGACUUCAAUUACUUGAGUAUUACAUAGGCUAUUAUUUACUUGAUAUUUAUGUUUUAAAUUUUAAAAUAUUUUAAAAGAAACUAACCUCUACUCCAAGUGGAAAACCAGUAUCAGUUUGCCAUAAAUAAAAGAUAACUACAAAAUAAAUAAAAUUAAAACAAAAAAUGUUACUAAAUUCUAGCUGGAUACUAAUACCUGCCAAGGCUCUGAAUCUAGAAAGUCUGUUCUUUCUUUGUUACAGUGAGAGAGGUUAUCCAGCACCAAAAUGGGGCUCUCUCUUUGGAAUUAUCAGAAGUAUAAAGAAAAUUAUAUAGGGAAUGACAUUCUCACUGUGAUUCAACGUUAUUAAAUUCAUUGUUGUGUACCACCUAAAAUCAUCUUGCAUGCCACCAACUGGUAUGGGUCCUGCACUAUGGAAACACUGAGCUGUUCUAAGAAUUAGAAGGUGCCUGACUCUUCUCUCAGCACCUCUUAUUAUUUUAUGGCUUUGAGGAGUUAAGCACCUACUACCUUAAAAAACUUACUUGCUUUUUGAUAACAUUAUAAAGGCUGUUCAAGCAGUUACACAUUAAUAAUAGAGGAAGCAUAAUUUGGUUCCAUUAACAAAAUCAACUCUUUUGGUUUUGAAGCCAUCUUCAUGAGUGAUUUUCUUGAGAAAAGAUUCCAAUUAAGGAUCAUGAGGUACUAAAAUUUGAUAUCCAGAAAAACAGUGGACCUAUUACAUAUACUUCAUGUUCCUGGGCAUAUUAAUUAUGCAGAAGAAAUAGUCCAAAGGGGUAAAGUCAUUGAACUGCAUUGUUUGCAGAACCAGUAUACAUAGAUAUGUUUACAGUGAAAAAUCUUGCUUAACCAGAACCUUUCUGCUACACUAUCCUUUUAGGAGAAUAAGGCAAAAGGAAGACAAUACACUUAAAAUAUUGGGAAUUUAUUUAAAAACAAGAAACCCCAGUUCUCUCCAAUUUUCUGCCUAUAGCAGAACUGCCCAGAAAUGAUGUAUGUUCUAAGAUAUCCCAAGGUGUCACAUGAUCCUAAAUCAUCAAAAUAAAAUUGAUUUAUGUUUGACAUUUUGUACUUACUGAGCCAGGAAAGUAAAGUAGUUCAAUUUAGAAAGUUUUUUCUAAACUAAUGGUUAAAACAAGAAGAGUUUUUUUGUAAAUAGUCAAUUGACCAGGAGGUUGGAGUAUUCUGGUUAAUUGUGAUUUUGCUGUAUAUUGGUAUUUUAUAGCUCUCUUACCAGUUUGGUUCCCCUUGUUACUGGGUUAUAAUGUUUAGUAUUUGGAUCCAUUCAGCAAGGACACUUGAAAACUCACCAGCUGUCUUUAAAGGCUUAAUUUGUUUUUUAUUUUUGUUUUGUUUCUUCUCCAGCUAUUUUGGAUAAGGGGAUGUUUACAUUUUAAUGUAAAAAAUGAAAACAGUUAUAAAUAA